AUGAUCUUACAAAAGGGUGAAACUGAGAUAGAAAAGGAUAAUAUCACCGAUCCUGGGACGACAAGUUAUUCGUUUCGUGGUUUGGAGAAAAAUACCAACUACACGGUGAAACUGUUUUCCAGAAAUUUUGUAUUCGAGGGAGAUCCUGCUGUGAGGACAAUUAAGACCAAGUUUGAAGGUGAGAAAUCACAAGUGAUUUCGUGACUAAGCACUUUGCACCAAUCAUUUUGUUGCAAACUUAGAUUUGUCCCAGUUUUAACAAUGUUAUCUGCUCACCACAUUAUAAGAUUUUUUGUUUAAAGUGUUUUUCUACUCCUUGGUGGCCAGUUUCCUUUCCCUUUUUAAUAGUUAUUUGAGAGGUUCCUACGGUUGUAGAAGCAUAAUAAUAAAUAAACCACAAGGGAACAUAGGUGAGAACAAUGGAAAACCUACGCGGCUACAUUCCGUAAAUGCUACCUGUUUUAUCAAGUAUUGUUUGCCUUUUUUUUUCUUUUCAUUUUUUGAUGUUCAUGUUUCAUAACCUGUUUGUGUAAAUAAACAACAAAAACGGUCGCUAGAUAGUUGGUUGGAUAUUGUUUUCCUAAACUCUUACCGGCUAUAUUCAGAACACCCAAUAACCAACUACCCCUUUUGAGAGUGAGACGAUUUUCACACAUUGGUUGACCAAAGAACUGAAGUUUGAGGUAAUGGGCCUUUCAUGAAAAUCUCUUUAAUAUGCCAAUAUUAUGGGGAAAUCUCGUCAAACAGUUUGUGGACGGCCCCGAAGAGUCCUCCGUUUAUUUUCUUUAUGAUGAGAAAAGUACGAGCGCAAAAAAAUAGAGUUUGAGUGAAAGAAGUCAAGCUAUAAGCUGUAACCUGAUAAAAUACGAAAAAUUACGAGGCAUGAAGAAAGUUUGAGAUAGGUAUUUAAAAAGCUAAACCUCUUGCUUAUAAUUAAGGUGGAUGGAUGUCGUUUUCUUAAAUACCUGCCCGCUAUACUCAAAGCACUUAAAAAGAAUCAAACCUCCAUGGGUCCCAUAGCUAUCAGGAUUUGCCACUAAUUUAUCGACAUUUUUUGCACACUUCUGGACACUUUUUUCGUGAAACCUUCCAUUGUUUUACACAUAUGGUACUUCUUGUGUUAACGCUAGGUUUGUGUGUAACGAUUUUCUUUCAAAACUAUGUCACAGACUUUAAAAUCAGUAGUUCUAGAGCCAAUGCCAGUUGGUAAUAACGUUAGUAAAAUUAUACUCCCCAGUAUAACUUAUAUCGUCUAUCGAGGGAAAAUGGCGGCACUUUAAAAUUCCCAUAGCUUGUUUUAAUUUCGAAGGGAUAAGCCCAAACCAAAACGAUUAAGGUUGCCGUUAUCAUUUUUUGUCCUUUCAAGUUACUUUGAAUUCAUAUAAAUAUUUAACUUAAUUUUGCUAGUUAUACACUUUUUUUUUAAAAAUAUCCCAGAAAAAUCCUCUACCAAUUUACAGGUUAUUUUAUCACUGAUAAUGUUUGUGAUCAGGUUUGUAACAAGAAGUUGUAUAAUUAUAAGAAAUUUCACGCUGUUCGUGUUGUUGACAUCAAUCUAGGAGCCCCAGAUGUGGUCGAAAUCGACGAACUGCCACGUGAAACAACAGACGAUACAAUUACCUUAAAGUGGAAGGAGCCAGAAAAUAAUGGAAAAGUUAUUAUCAUGUAUACAGUGUACCAAAGAGUAGUGACUGAUGGAAAAGUGGACAGAAAUAAGGAGAAUCAGAGAUGUUUCUGUGAGAGAAUUGAAAAUAACGUUGGAGGGAGGAAAGGUAUAUCAGUUUGCCAUUACUGCAACUAAUGAGCUUGGUGAAAGCCGAAAACAAGAGAGAGCAAACAUACAGCAAGUCAAGGCAGAAAGAAGUAUGUUCAAAUGAAUCUUGUUUUCCCUUUUCAAAGGUUUAUCCUUUUCUUUUCUUAGUUUUCAAGCACUCUCUAUGUCAUAAACAUCGAGGUAUUUACGGGUGGAUUCUUAGCUUGCGAAAACCUGAAUGAAUGAGAAAAAUUUCACUUACGUCGCAGUUGAUAUUUGUGUGCCAACUAGAGGCAUAUUGGCUGAUGUACAAGAAGUUGUUUUGCAGUGUAUUUUGUUACUACAUUUCAGUUAACAAGUUGAUAAAAUAAUUAUAAUGAUUGAACGGCAGCAAUUAUACUCACAGCCGAUGGCUGUGUGAAUAAUAUCAAAUUCAGAAAUUACAUUCCUAUACAGGACUUAUUUAUAAUGACAGGGAAGCGACCUUUGACAUACAAACGCAUUGCAAAGAUACAGAGUCAUCCACCAGGCGUAAAUAGGGGGCUGGACUCUGAGGUCGCUACGUUGAUCACUUUAUCAGCGCUACUUUUUCCACCAGAGAGCAACUCAAUUAUUUGUUAACCAUUGUCAGUUACUUUCAUUCAGCUUUAAAAUAGAGUUUUUAUCCCCACAGAUGGCUCGGAAAGCGCAGCAAAAGGUAGGAAUAACAAAGAAAUUGUGGAAUACACUAAAGUUCUCUAAACAACCAGACAUGGUUUAGUGCUACUCUGGUUUAAAGAUUUAAUGAAUGAAGUUACAACUAGCAAUACUCCUCAUGAGAAGGAACCAGCGUCUGGUUUUGCUGUUAUUCCUUACAUUUAGGGUGUUACGGAACCUAUCAAGAGAAUUUUGAAUAGCCACAACGUUUACGUUGCUCAAAAACCUUUUCAGACCUUAGGGCAUGUUUUUGCCAAACCUAAGGAUCCUAUCACAAAUGAACAACUAACCGACGUUUUCAUUCUAUUCCGUGCAAUGGCUGUGAUCACGAGUAUAUCGGACAGACCAAACUUUAGUUUGGUAGACGUUUGAAAGAGCAUCAAAGAGCUUUCAAAAUUCAGCUUUGUCGGAGCACACAUGCCAAACUAACCACAUAAUUGUGUGGGAUAACUCUAAAACUAUCUUCACUUACCACCACGAGCGCCUUUGUUUGGAAGCCUGGCAUAUCAACUCUGCCCACGCUCCUUUAAGUCGUGAUGGUGGCGGCUUACUGCCUGACGCAUAUUUGCACCUCGUCAGAAAAAAGGGCAGCUAAUUAUUUUGCGUGUUAAAGGACCUCUCUGUGCAACAAUUAGAUCACCCCUGAUGAAGGCACUAGACAGGAGUGUUGAAACGUUGGGUCUGUGAAUUGUAACUUCUCGGUUACUUUCAGUCCAUUUUACAGUUGCGUGCUUGGCUGCCAGGCCUUUGAACAGGAGUGAGGCUGAAGGUGACCUUGUUAUGAUACAAACCUUGCUGCUUUUCAAAUGUAAAUGACUUUUUCAUGCAAACUAGAUACUGGUCUCCAUCAUUACAUGAUCAACUUCAGCCUCACUCCAAAUCAAAGGCUUGGCAGCUAAGUACGCAACUGUAAAAUGGCCAAUUCAUUAAAUCUUUAAACCAGAGUAUCGUCAAACCAUGUCAAAUUGUUAAAUGUUUACACGUAUUCUUCCGAAAACGGACUUUUUCCAAUUGUAGAUAGAUAGAUAGACUGUGUUUUAUUAAAAUUACAUUGCAGAUAAAAACUGAAUUGCGUAACUUCACAUUAAUCAAUUGUACAAACUGUUUCUGCAACACAUAUUUAUGAAACUUGUUGCCGCUCUGUCGGUCUUACAACGAUUAAGAUUGAAAUUCCUCUGUUUCCUUAAAUUGUAAUUAGCCUGAUAACUUUUUGGGAUUAAAGAAUGAAUUUUGUUGUUUUUGUUUUCUAAAACUGAUCGGAAAAGUGUCGAUGUCAACUGUUCUUGGUGGGUUCUCAAGCUUGGGAUGUUUGCUUGAUCGAGGGCUUCUUUAUAUGAUGCUCCAGGGAAGUGCAUGCGAGGGCUCUUUUCUGCACUCUCUCCAGAUCGACUUGUAGAUAUUUCGGAAGUGCAUGGUGGAACACUGGGCAGGCGUAGUCUAGGCAGGACCUGAUGGUUGCGCAAUAGAUUGCUACAAGAUCGAUUGUAGGUACUUUAGCCCGCUUAAGUUGAAUCAAAAAAUAGUGUUUUGAGUUGGAUUUCUUUAUUAUUUCUGUAAUAUGGUUGUUCCAAGUUAGAGUUGAAUUAAUAUUGAGUCCAAGAAGUUUAACACACUGCACAGAUUCAAUUAGUUCCUCGUCCACGUUGGUUUUUGGAAAUUGGGGGUAUUGAGGGCUAAAGCUGAUCAACAGUUCUUUGGUUUUUGCGCAAUUCAAUUGAAAUAGAUUUUCCUCAGACCAGGACUGUACUUGGUCAACUGCACUUUGCGCGUGACUAAUCUUUCCUUUCGGGACGGUUUCUGAUACCGUCGUAUCGUCAACGUAUUUCCACAGAUUAAAAAUGUCGGGCGAAACUGACAAAUCGUUUAUCAUUAAAAGGAAAAGCCAGGGGCCCAGUUUGGUCCCCUGUGGUACUCCGGCAGGCACUUUGCUCCACUCAGAGAAACAGUCAUUGCCAAGUUUAACUCUCUGAGACCUAUUUGAAAGGAAGUCAACUAUCCAGUUAAUGUCCAGUUGAUUCAGUUUUGAUAUUAGGAUGGACUGAUCUAUUAGGUCAAAGGCCUUUCGGUAAUCAAAAAGAAGGACCCGAACUGACGCUCCGUUUCCGUCUGUUGCUUCAAGCCAAUUGUGUAUCAUGCUUAUGAGUGCCAGUACAGUGGAUGAUCCAGAUACCGUUCCGAACUGAUUUGGGUCCGCUUCUUUUUCCACGGCCGGUUUGAUGAAGUCAGAAACUAUAAAAUCCUCAGCAAGUUUUGAUAACGCAGGUGUAAGUGAAACUGGCCUUAGCUCCUUCUUGGGAUCAGUCACUUGUUUUACCUUUGGGAGGGGUGUUAUAUUCGCCAAUUUCCAAACUGACGGCAAUUUUUGUUCUUUGUAGGAAGUGUUCAAAAUGUCCGUUAUGGGCUGUGCUAAAAUUUCGGCGUAUUCCUUUAGAACCCAAUUAGGUAUGCCGUCCGGGCCAGGAGCUUUGUGUUUGUUGAGGCGUUUCAGAUUAAUGUACACUCGAUGUGUUGAUAUUUUAGGGAAUUCGGCGCCUUCUCCUGUAGGAAGGAGAAUAGACGUGUUCUCACAGUUGAUAGGCUGAUAAGACUGGAGCGGUUCUAGAAGAGCUUCAUUUAUUGCACUGGCGAUUUCUUGGGGGGACAUGUUGGUGAAUUGCUGUACGUCGAGGGAGGACAGUAAAUUGGGGUUUUGUUUUUUGGAUCCACUCAGUUUAUUUAUCUCUUUCCACCACUGACGGGGAUUCAUACCUUUGAGAUCUUGCACUUUUGAAGUAUAGUAGGCUGCUUUGCAUAGUUUCCUUUCUCUAUUGACAGCAUUGCGGUAAAAUCUGAAAACUGGACCCUUCUUGUUGGAAUGAAAUGCAUUUUGACGCAAACGAAUCAACUCCUUGAGUUUUAUUGUCAUCCAAGGGGCGUCCUUCGGGUAAACUUUAAUCGACCUUUCUGGCAUGAUGUUAUUUAUGCCGUUUGUUAUCAGUUCGUUUAAAAAAUGCGGAGUUUUCCCUCACAGGAGCUUUGCAUAUUGAUGCAUGACCAGUCGACAUUGCUGAGAUAGCGGCCGAGACUUGUCUUCUUGCUUUCUCUCAUAUCCCUGAUAUUGAUCUUUUUCCUGGUAUGUUGGUUCAGUAUCCUUUCCUUCGGCUUUACGAUGACUGUGCUAUGGUCUGACAGACCAAAGGGGGGAAAGCUCUCGGGCGUUGAGAAGUGAUUGCCCAUGUUUGUUAGUAUUAGAUCAAGCGUGGCCUGGCCUCUUGUGGGGAAUUUAACAAGCUGCUUUAAUUUAAAAUGGUUCCGCAAAUGGCAAAUAUCAAGACGGUUAAAAUCGCCAGUGACAAUAAUUCCACAAUUUGGAUACAAAGAUUCGGCUGAUUUCAAACUGUCAAAUAGAUGGUUGAGCAAAUUCUGACUGUCGGAUUCUGCUGGACUGUUACGGCCUGGGUAGUAAACGACGGCCAGCAAGAUGCAAGAAAAACCGCGGGGAGAGCGUGAUGGAUCUAAUUUGAGCCAGAUUAUUUCAUGGUCGUUACAGCAACGUAACUUCUCGGGAAUUUCAUAUUUGACGUCCUCCUUGACAUAUACACAGACUCCUCCAUGCUCGUGAGAUGAUCGGUCAUUCCGUGUGAUGUUAUAUCCUUCAAUGUUUACAACUGUGUCGCUGAUGUGGUCUUUCAGCCAGGUUUCUGUAAUGCAGCAGACCUGAAUUUUUUCCCUUAAGAUUAGUUCUUCAACUUCACUCAGCUUAGGAACCAGUGACAUAGUAUUCGCUAACAUAAUGGUUGGUACGAAAUGGCUGGUGUUUUGCUUUUGCAUUUUGCCAUUCUUUGUUGGAAUUGUAAUCAAAUUAUUGAUGUUUCUUCCCGGUGCCCGUUGAUAACUUCUUUGCAAGUGUCGUGUUUUCAGCGAUUGAUUGGAUAUAAUUACUGGUAUUCGGUGCUUUCCUGCUCUCUUUCCACGAUAUCUCAGAAUUCCAGCAAGUUUUAACGAGCCUAGAGCAUUAGAAGGUGGCGGUAUUGAGAUGGUGCGGCGAAUAUUGAGAAGAUCUUGGCGUGAAUAACAGAGACUCGUGCAGUCGUUAGUAUGCAAAUAGGAAAGACAAACUGAAUUCCCGCGAGUUUUAAAACUUGGAGGAUGAUUUAUGGUUCCAUCUGUUUGCCAGUUUCGUUGAUGUAAGGAAGAGCUUGGGCCCGGGUUGGUUGCAACAUCCAUAUACAUAGUUAUUUCAAUCGGAGGAUCGUGUCCGGGAAUGCUGAGGGAAACAAAGCCAUGUUUUCUCCAAGCGCAAAUUGCACGGCCUGUUCGAUGGAAACCGGUUGAACCGCUACUGUUGACAGUCGUUAACACUUGAGAUAUUAGAUAGGGAUAUUCGAUUUGGUCUUGUAGUGGCAAGUCUUGCAGCUGAUUAACUGGUAAAAUACCAAUAUAAGAUACUAAAAACAAGCACAAAAGUGCAGAACGAAAAAGAUUCGUGGCUGCCAUUUUGGCGCCUGCGCAGUAUAUUCCAUAUUGUGUAUAUAUUCCAUAUUUGUGUAAUUAAACAACUCAUUUCUGUGAGUGAUAGAUUUCCACGUUUUUGUUUUUGUCGUUGUUGUUGUUUUUAGUCAAUUAAUCAAAAUAUUACUUUUAGAAAUUAUUAUAUAAAGACUAGCACCUUACUUUUCUUUAGUACCUACCUAUUUUUGGUCAUGAGUCUUAGCUAUGUAAUGAGAGCAGUUUAUCGACCACGAUUAGUGUAAAUGUUGUUUGAAUGUUACUUGAUAAAGCUUUGUAAAAUGAAUCAUUUUAGGUCCUGAGGAAUGUAACUGCCCAUCUAACAACGUCUUGUUGGCCAUAAUUGGGGUUCUUGCUUUCACAAUCCUUCUUCUAAUUAUUUACAUAAUCUGGCUACAUAAGAAAGGUAGGUAAAAUAUUCAUAAUCUAUGAUAGAGGGUUUGGCUGCAAGAUUCAUUUUUAUACAAAAGCAAAUUUUGACCUACAUCCACAUCAUUUGUCUUUUUUUCCUUUCGUUCUUUUUCAGGCGCUCUUGGGAAACAGAGGUAAGAAUUUGCUGCCACUUGGAUUGUGUCGAUGUAAUGUGCUAGAUAUGGUUUCAUCUUAACUCAAAAUUCCACUUAAAGCUAAUGAAAUUCUCAGCUUUUUAUAAAUAUUCAUAUGCUUUCUCAAUUGUAGGACUUAUGAAGAUGAAAGAGGUGUUUACGAC